AAGAUCAGGUUAAUGUCACGUCAAAGGUAGCAAUCAAGUUUGUAAAUUAAGUAUGAAGCUUAGGUACAAUACAAAGUAUGAAAAGGGGGUUGAAAAUACACUAAAAUGAGGGAUUCUAGUAUCACUGCAUCACUGCAAUACGAAAUUUCCAGAGACUUAUUGUGAUAGAACCACAUCACGGUGAUGUGUGAAAACUCAAAAAUUUCAAAAUUUUGGGGUCACCUCUUCGCGAUGAGAUGACAAAACUUGAUGUACAUUUUCCAGUAAGUCACCAUGAUUUCAUCGCGCCGCGGUGAAUGCCAUUUUCUAAAUGUUAAUUAAAUCAUCAAGUUUUGACCCGACCGGAUCCUAAUGGCUUAACCCCUCUAUAAAUACUCCCCAUUCCCACUUACUUCUUUUUCCACCAAAAACCCUAGUAGCCGUCUCUCAUCUCUUUCACAGUAGUGUCUCACUUAUUUCUUGGCAACAUCAAGGUUUUAACUCACCCCCUUUGAAUCUGAAUGUAGACAAAAAAAAGGCAAGGGUAAGGUUGGUACUUCUGAGCUAGCUAAGAAAUAAAACAGGCAGUCGGACAGACAAAUUGAUAGGGUACUAUGAGCUCCACCAGUCCCUCAUGGUCAGGCAAGGAGGUUUGGAUAUAAGGUAGUCUAUACAGCUGGCAAGAAGUGGUAUUCAAAAUAUCUGGACAUAAAAUACAUACUGGAAGUGCUUAUUGAUAGGGCGAGUUUACAACGUGAAUACCCUAGCAUGGUUCGCCGAUUUGAGCAGCUGAACAUGACUUUUGUGUUUGAGCAGCCUGCAGAGUGCAACCUGUACCUCGUGUGGGAAUUUUAUGCUAACUGUGACCCGAAGGACCUAACCUAUGAGGUAAAGUACUGCGGCAAAGUGGUCACAUUCACAGCGAAGCACAUAAAUGACUUGUUGGGGGUCCCUGAGGCUAAUACAGAUCCUUUGAGGAAGCUUAUUGGUACUCCUCCAUAUGCCCAUAUCCAACACUUAUUGUAUGGCACAAGAUCAACUUCUAUGUGGACUAGGCAGUGAGGCACUGGUCUUCAUUCUUCCUUCCCGUAUGCACAAAUGAACAUGGAGGCAUGCUUGUGGGGAAAAAUUGUUUAUCAUUGCCUUAUUCAAGGAAAACACAUAACAAAAAUCGCACAUGACCAGGUAUGCUUAAUAUAUACUCUCAUGUGUAAUGAUGUUGACAAAAUAUUGGUGUGGUGAUCUUCUCUGCUAUGAAAAAGGCGUGGUACCAUAAGGAGAGUUGGUAUAAUUUUGGAUGUUUGCUGACUAGGUUUAUGAGAAGGAACAUGGAAGAAGAAGAAGAGUUAGAUUACAAGUCAGUGGUGGACGUUCAUCCAAUUGAUGUGACUACAGGUAGGAGUACAGGAGCUCAUGGCCCAAUCCUGACUAUGUUCGAGCAUCAAACUUGGACUAAUGAGAUUACUUCAAGAAUAUAUGGAUUACAAAUAUUACAGCUGUGGGUAGGGGGACAAACUUGGACUAAUGAGAUUACUUCCAAAAUAUAUGGAUUACAAAUGUUGCAGCUGCGGGUAGGGGGAAGACCAGCCACCAAUGAAGAAACCUAUGUGGUGGAGCUGGAUUACCCACUAGGUCAUUAUGCUAGGAUAUUGUUGAGGAUAGCGAUGGAGUUUGUUGAACCCAUUGAUGAUGAUGUGCCUACCGAUGAAGAGCGGCAGUCGCGUGAUUCAGAUAUUGAGUUAGAGGAUAAUGAGCAACCUGAUGUUGGAGAUACAGAUAAAGAUGCUGAUGAUGAUGACCCGAAUGAUGACAUGGCUGAGGCUUGAGCAGGGAGAAAUACGCCACCUUACUAUUUGAUUUUAUUUGUAAACACUGGGACAGUGCUUUAUUUAAGUAUGGGGUGGUUGUGUCUUGUAUCUCAUUCUCUUUAUCUUGGUACUUUGUUUUAUUUUGGUUUGACAUUUUUAUUUUUAUUUCUCCUUUUGGGAUGUUUUUAUUUUUCUGUUUGGAUGUUGAACUUAGUCAUUUCUAACUAUUUGGAACAUUAUGAUCUGUAAUAGCUAGUAAAUUUAGUAAUGGUUUGCUUUUUAGUUUAAAGUUUUUGUUAUGCAUUUUUGCCCUCAAGGUAACGAGAAAUAAAUUUUCUUAGUUAGUUUCCCCCCAAUGAUAGAUGGAUGAUA